AUGAAUGCAAACGAAACUUACGAGGUACGCAGAGGACGACUUGUCAACAGAUUUCCAUCGUUGAUCUUGAUUCAAGAAGUUGGACUGCGGGUUAGUUUAUUUUUUUUAUGAAAUAAAUGAUUUUCAGAAUUGUUAAGAUCAGAGAUUUCUAUUAAUUUUAUAAAAUUCGGUAGAUUAAAAACGUUAACAAAAUUGAUAAUUAUUCAAAAACGCCGUGGGUGGUCUCAAAACACAUAUCUAGAAAGUUUUAAGAAAGUCAGUUACUCUUAAUCUCAUUCAAUAACUUUCGAACAGUAAAAAUGAUUCACAAAUAAAUAUUGAAAAUAAAUAUCGACACAUGGUGUUAUAAUAUUUUGAAAGAUGAUUCACAACAUUAAAAUUCAAGUUUCUCCUGAUUUGAGUUGGUUUUGAAAAUAAGUUUAUUACGCAACAUUUAUCAAUCAAUCAAACAUUUAUCAGAUAGAUUCUGUACUUUUUAAAACAACCUAUACCAAAGAAAAGUGCGUGAAGUUCUAAAAUUUAAAAUUAACUACAAGAUAUUUUGAUUGAAUUUUUUUCGAAACCGAAUUCCUUCCAAAAGUAUAUGUAGUUCAACUAGACCAAUUUUUGAUUUCAUCAUUUUCUUUUCCAAAUACAUAUGUUUAUAACAUACUUUGUCCUAUCUAUGAACCACGUGUAUCUCAUCCAUCUGUUUGAGAAAAAAACAAAAUAGAAUUAAUGAUUGUUUUUUUACAUAUAGGUUGAUAAUGAAACUGAAGAAAAACUAUUUCAUAAAAUCCAGUUUCUUUUCCUAAAAAUGGACAAAACACCUUUGUUUGGGGUUUUUUCUAAUUUGCAACAUUUUGCCUAUUUUUUGGUUAUUUUUUUUUGAAAAAAAAACAGAACAACAAAGAAUGGUUUACAACCUUUUUUUUCGUGUUCCGUAAUUUGAUUUGAUAGGUUUCUUUCGCUUUUCUGAUUUUACGUAAAAAAAAUUAGCAAAACUGAUUUGUUUAGGGAACAGUUUUUGAUAGGAAUAGGAAAGAUACAUAGUGAGACCACCCAUACAGUUUAUUCAUUUUGAGUAUUUGUUAAUAGAAAUCUAAAUUUUUUAGUAUUUUUUCGAAAUGAUUAUGAAAUUUCAGAAAACUUUGCUGUUAAAAAAACGAUUUUUGAUUACUCGCGAUUUCGAAAAAAAAAUCAAAAAACAUUUUUUGUAUCUCCAAAUUUUUCUGUACUUUUUUUGCAUUUAAAAAUAGAAAAACAGAAAUCUAUUAGAAAUUGAACAAAAUUCCAGCAAGCUGUAAGUUUCAUGUUUUUCUCGACCGUCUUUUUGAUCAGCACAUCGCAAAACAUGGGACUUUUUGAGUUUGUGAGUUAGAACAAAAAUCAGGCUUGUUUGGGGUCAGAAACAAGAUUUAAUUGGACUUCUUAGAAUAACCCUCAAUUCUUUUGAAACACAAACAUAGAACAUUGAUGUGUGAUUCGUGACUUUAGGAAUAUGUAAGCUGUAAAAUAAUGUAGAUAACUCAAAAACUCUGUUAUCAAUUUUGUUUUCUGAAAAAAUUCCAGACAAGCCUGAUAACUCCCCUCCCUCCAUAAGAACUAAUAAUCUAUUCAAAUUUCUGAUUAACAGACAGCUUUCGAGUUAGUUCUCUUCUACACUUAUGCCCUUUUCCUAUACACAAUUGUCAUAAUGUGUUUACGUCGUGCGAUUCUCAUUGUCCGUGCAAUGUUCGUUAUACCAAUCCUCAUCGUUCUCGUAUGUUUUUUUCUUGUCUCGUCUAACCUUUUAUCAAAACUACUGAUAAUAUGAUUAUUUUCAGGCCACACUUGUUUCAUUUAACCUAAUGUUGUUUGCCGCACUUUUUUCGACACUUUUGAUUCAUUCAGAAGAUGGCCUAUUGUUCUGUAAGUUCUAUAUAUUUUCAUUUAUUUUGCCAUUCAUAUUAUUUUCAUAUUCAUAUUCAUAUAUAUAUGAAGUGAAAUAAAAUGAAAUAGAAAAAUAACCAAAAAAAAUAUAUAUUGAAUUUCUCUAUCUCUCUUUUCAUUUUCCAGGUUGGCACACCGUGUUAACUUGUAUUACAAUUUUCAUCAUUGUUGUUUUGUUCCAAUCAAUGGAAACUAUCUCGACUGCAGUCAUGAAUCUCUUUGACAUCCAGGUUGUUUAUUAAUUAAUUAAAAGGCUUUCUGAUUAAUUAGGUAUUUUCUUUAAGAAACUGUUGGAUGUUAAUAACCGCCGCAGAGUUCUCAUUGCUGUCAAUCGCAACUGGAAUUCUCACUACGAUGGAGCUCAAAGAAGAUCCAGACAACGUGUUCGUUUCCAAGUUGUCUCAACUCCAAUUUACUAA